UCCGCAGAAAGCGAAUCUCCGAGCAGCAGUGACGUCAAUGGCGUCUCGCUACAGAACUAUCUCAAGAUCUGCGAUCAGCGUUCUUAAAUCCGCCAUUGCGAAGCCUUCGGGAAGGCCUGCGAUUUCUGUGCAAUCAUCGCGCUCUUCGCCGUCUCUCUUCUGGAGGCCAAUGCCUCAAACGGUUGCUCUCCAGUCUCUGUUACCUUUUCACAGUGCAGUCUCCUCCGCCAGGCUUACCUCUGGUUUAGGUGCAGACACCAAAGGCUGCAGAUCUUUGUCUCAGGGUACGCUAUGCAGUGCCAACCCUGGAGUUUGAUAGGUUUUGUAAUGUUCCAACUAGGCCUAAGUGUGCCGCGAUAAAAACCUGAUUCGAUGGACUGCAGCAUAGACAUAAGACAUUGUUGAGGUACAUUCAAAUUCUUGAUCUCGACAAUGUAUCAGUAGCUUUGCAGUUGGAAAUGAUCCGUUUGCUGUUCUGUGUGGUUUUGGACAUUGUGACCGUCUCUUUUGCUAUGAAUCUCAAAAUAAAAAAGGAUUUUCAUAUCUUUAGUAAUAUAGAAUAGAAAUAUAGAUUGAAUUUGUUGAACUCAGUAGCAAAAUAAUUGUGUUUUGGCUACAUUGAAUUAGAGCUUCAGAUCUCCUUGCUGACCUUACCUUCUAUCUAUUGUGUCUUUUUUGGUU